GCCGGAGGGAGGAGGGCGGGAAGGCAGGCGGAGGAGGAGGAGGAGGAGGAGGCGGGGACUACGCCGGGCGGUAGCUGGCGCCUAUCGCAGUGGGAGCAGAGAGGGUACCCGGCUGGCUCCGCUGGCGGCCUCAGCCCGGAUCUCGUCGCCGCAGCGCUGCGCCUCUCCCGCCCUUGUCUCCGGCUCCACGGCCCCAGGCACGGCGGAGGCGGCGGAGCUGUGGGCCACUGUAUUUGGAGUAGAGCAGAAAAAUUAUUAUGCCUGUGCUCCCUUGGGACUCAUUGGAAAUUGUACUGUGACAUCUUCUGGGAUUUAGUCUGAAUGAAGUAUCAGAGAAUCACUUCCUACCUGUAGCUGCCGGUCAGGUUAGGAGUGUGCAGACUUGUGUGUGCAGACUGGUGCCUAAAAUGGAAGUAGAUGUUAAUGGAGAGUCCAGAAGUACCCUGAGCACCCUGCCCUUGCCCGUGGCCGAGGCCAGCUCCCCGGGAAAGGCAGAGGCAGAGAAGCCCCGCUGCUCCAGCACGCCGUGCUCGCCCAUGCGCCGGACUGUGUCAGGCUACCAGAUCCUCCACAUGGACUCUAACUAUUUGGUUGGCUUCACGACUGGUGAGGAACUCCUGAAGUUAGCCCAGAAGUGCACAGGAGGUGAAGAGAGUAAGGGAGAAGCCAUGCCUUCCUUGCGCUCCAAACAGCUGGAUGCAGGACUUGCACGUUCCUCUCGUUUGUACAAAACCAGAAGUAGGUACUACCAGCCGUAUGAGAUUCCAGCUGUCAACGGCAGGAGGCGAAGGCGGAUGCCCAGCUCAGGAGACAAGUGCACUAAAUCUUUACCUUAUGAACCUUACAAGGCCCUCCAUGGGCCUCUGCCUCUUUGUCUUCUUAAAGGUAAGAGGGCUCACUCCAAAUCUCUGGACUACCUCAAUCUAGAUAAAAUGAACAUCAAGGAGCCAGCUGACACAGAAGUGCUACAGUAUCAGCUUCAACACCUAACCCUCAGAGGGGACCGUGUGUUUGCUAGGAAUAAUACAUGAGUGACUUGCAGAGGGUGUAAACCAGUUUAGGUCAGCCUAUGCACUUGGCUAGUGAAUUCCACUGUUGUACCCUGUACAGGACUCUUUACAUUAUAGAUGGUUAUAUCAGCUAAGUGUUCCUGGAACAUGAAAAUUGUUUGGAUCAAAUUUUGAAUACAGGAAUGAAAUCACAGGUACUUGAGGGGAAAUCAUUCUAGAGCACGCAACUGCAAAGAAAACAGAAUGUUGACCAUUAGUUUGUAUAGCUUUUUAGCUAGGAGAAAAAGGCUUUGGGACAGUAAUAUCAUCUUUUAAGAUUCUGAUACUCAAAUUGGGAAUGUUAUCUGCUUGGUUGUUGCUGACUUGGUAUGAUUCAUUAGAAAUUUAUAUCUUAAGUACUCAAGUACUUCUUUAAUCUCUGUAUUUUACUAUAAAAUGUAUGUAAUGAUUUGUUUUAUGAAAUUUAGAACUUGAACAUUGCUAAAUUGGACCACUUUUUAUUUUUAAAUAUUGAGUUUAAAUAUUUUAUAACUGGUUUUGCACUGAAAAAAUUAACAUUUCAGAUUGACAAGAGAAUAAUCUUUACUUGCCUCAAUAAUAUUGUUGAGCAAUGAAUUUUUUAUUUCCGCAUGGAAAGUUAUUGAUCUCUAUGGCUGUAAAAUAUUUCUUUAUAGCAUUAUUAAAGUGUGUCUUAAUAAAAUUAAAUUUGGGAUACAAAGUAUUUAUUUUACCACGGGUGGGGGGAAGCUUUUCCCGAAAGUUUCCAAUAUAAAGAUUUCAUAAGUUGAAAAAGUUUCCUUAGUGUUUAUUUUCUAAUUUAAAAUUCAUCUGGAACUUUAAAGUGGAAAGGAUUCUUUACAUUGUGGAUUAUAGGCAUAAUAAUGUUUGCAUCUGAAUGUUUUCUGUAAGUGAAUGGAACUUUAAUAGAGAAACUCAUGAUUUCUGCUAUCUAAUGCUUAAACUAAGUAUGAAGUGAUACCAUUCAGCAUGGCAUCGGGUCAUUCCAGUUUUAGUUCUGUGCAGCGCAGGCACUCAUUGAAAUUCCAGUUUCUAGGAUUAGUGCAGGAGCCUAAAGUGCUUCUACAGUUUUAAUGGGUUAAUCCUGGAUUACUUAACAAUUUAUGUCAAUUGCACUGGUUUAAUUUGUUGCUAAAGAAAUAAUGCCCUGGCUUUAGUAACAAAUACAGCUCAACUAGUCUUGAAUAUAUUCUGGAAGAAAAAAAAAAUGUAUGUAACUUACCUUUUGUAAAAGUUUCUGUUUCUUUUUUUCUUUUUUGACUCUUGAAGGUGCAAUUUAUUAACUGAACUGGCAUUUCUGGCAGCAUAGACCUACUUAUUUUAAGUUUUAUUUUGGGGGCUGUGAGUUUCUAAGGUGUUAGGAAUCUUGCUUAUAAAAUAAAAACACCUUUUAAUUAAAUAAGUGGCUCAUUUCUGGUGCAGUUCUGAUUGUUGUUUCACCAGAAUGAAUGACAAACUCUAUUUAGAGCAGAAUAAGUAUUAGAAAACCCUAGGAACUCUUAAUCAACAUUUAUUAUACUUUGACUGAGGCAAACCAUGAGAAAGAGCCUCAGGGAAGUUGGCCCAUAUCUCACUGAGUUGAUCAGAUUUCUUGGUGGGCUGGAAAUAUUCAGCUGUUGUACAUUUUGAAGUAAAUUGCACCUUUGUAACAUAUUGUAUUGACGAAUGAUCACUAAGAUUAACUAUAUCCAUACAGUCAUUAGUUUGACAAGACAUAGAAUCCUGUCAGAUGCCAAAGACUUGGGAUUUUUACGUUUAAUGAUUAAACACCAUUAUUUAUUGAUGAUUUUACCCUGUGGAACUGUAUUAUUUCUAACUAUGAAAUAAAAGGGUGAUGUAAACACACACCGUUGUGUUGUGCUUUAACUAGGUCCACCUCCAACAGGCCAGUUACUGUUCGAAGAUUUGCCUAAGCACUUAUUUUUAGACACCAUUUUAAAGUUUUUGUUUAAAAAAAUUAAAAUAAUUGUGCUUUUGGUGCUCCUUCACAUUUCAAAGUAAAAGAUGUAUUCAUGGCAUUGAUAUGUGUUCAGUCGCACAGUUGUGAUCUGUCCCUACCCGUGCGCCUACAUAAUUUCUUAAGCAAAAUAAAAAUAUGUAGCUGGUGUUUUU